CCAGUCUUACACUUACUUGCAAAGUAUGCUUUAUAAGACAAGCGUACGUCUAUAAGGUAUUCAUUAAAAGGCGACAACUCUACUGACCGGGACUCAAUACACCGUUCGCCGGUAUGGCGUAUCCACUGCUCUUAUGUGGUAGAAAGGCUGGUGCCGCGUUAGGCGGCAUCUUGGCGUCGAAUGUUGGCGCGGUUUGCGAGGCCUCGGCACGGCUACAGCAACUCCGCCACGCAAGCUCGCAUUCCGAGAACACAAACAAGUUCCUUCGAGAGGCGUUGGAUCGGCUGGAUUAUCCGGAAAAGCUUCAAAACUUGCUGUUGACACCCCGGAGAGAAAUGAGCGUUGAGCUGGUGGUACAGAUGGACGACGGGCAGAUCGAGGUGUUCAACGCCUACCGCGUGCAGCACAAUAACGCGCGCGGCCCCUACAAGGGCGGCCUGCGCUACCAUCCUCAGGUGGACCUGGACGACGUGCGCAGCCUGGCCAGCCUCAUGACGUGGAAGACCGCUGUGAUGGACAUUCCCUACGGCGGCGCCAAGGGCGGAGUGACGGUGGAUCCGCGCAAGCUGAGUGAGCGCGAGCUGGAGAAGAUGACACGCAAGCUGGUGGUGGCCAUCAAGGAGAUCAUCGGCACCUACGAGGACAUCCCCGCGCCCGACAUGAACACCGACGCCAAGGUGAUGGCCUGGUUCUUCGACGAGUACUCCAAGUACAAGGGCUUCUCACCCGGGGUGGUGACGGGCAAGCCCGUGUACCUGCACGGCUCGCUGGGUCGCGAGGCGGCCACGGGGCGCGGAACCACCUUCGCCAUCCGGGAGUUGCUCAAGGCGCUGCACAUGGGCAAGCUGGCUGAGCAAAAGUACGUCAUUCAGGGUUUCGGCAACGUGGGCGCCUGGGCCGCUCAGCUGCUGUGGGAGGCGGGCGGCAAGGUGGUGGCGGUCAGCGAUGUGGCGGGGGCGGUGCAGAACGAGAACGGUCUUGACAUCGGCGAGCUGCGGCGCCACGUGGCGGGCGGCCGGCCGCUGAGCGAGUUCCCCGGGGGCGGGGCGAUUCGCAAGGAGGACAUCCUGACGCACCCCUGCGACGUGCUCAUACCGGCAGCCAUCGGGGGGGUCAUCGGGGCGGAGCAGGCGGCGCAGCUGCAGUGCAAGGUGGUGGUUGAGGCGGCCAACGGUCCAACCACCCCCGAGGGAGAUGCCGUACUGCGGGAGCGCGGCAUCACCGUGCUGCCAGACAUCUACACCAACGGCGGCGGUGUGACGGUGUCGUUUUUCGAGUGGGUGCAGAACCUGCAGAACUUCAAGUGGGAGGAGGAGGACGUGAACAGGAAGCUGGACCGCAAGAUGACGGACGCCUUCGCCGCGCUGUGGGCGGUGCACCGGGAGAUGGCGGUGCCGCUGCGCACCGCCGCGUUCGUGGUGGCGUUGCAGCGGGUGACGCGCGCGGAGGUGCACCGGGGCUUCGAUUGAGGGAGGGAGGGAGGCGGAAACAACAGAGGUCACAACUGACCGAUUGAGGGAGGGGGCUCACAGGGGGCGGAGGUGCACCGCUUUGAGGGCUUCGGUUGAGGGAGGGGGUGGAGGUUCCAGAUAGGGCCUUGAGGAGAGGAACAGGCGUUUGAUGGCAUGUGCUGGUGGCGGUGGGGUGCGGAAGAUUCCCUGUGCAUGGAGGAAUGUCGUUGUAUUGCGCAGACCGGAUGGAGGGAGCUGGGAAGGACAGCGGAGGUAGGGUGGGUGGAAGGAAGAUGAAGAGGUCUGUGGCGUUCUGCUCUCUUGGGCAUGGCGGAUGCUUGCACAUUGUACAUGUCAUUGUACACUGUUGAGCAUAACAUCACCUUGCCGUACGAAUGAAACUCGGUUCUAACGUUUUCAGGCGUGUACGUUGGUGUUGGCGGUGCGUUUACGGUACUUUGUGGGCCGAGACUGUCGUCAAAAGCAGCCUGUUGGCCGGAAGGUGGGCACCGGAGACAACCUUGCUGCUAGGGUUCUGGCUGGUUCUGAUAUUUCUGAACAGUGUUACUGAAUGCAACAAAACACCAAAUCGUCGAUCGCUACUUCUGUCGAGAAUUCAAAUAGCAACCGCAAUUAAGCCCCUGUCGCUUCUGAUCUUCAGAGAUACUGUUUCGACUCUGGUUGUGGUUUAGUGGGAGGGGGUUUUGCGGGGAGUGGUAGGCAAAGGUGUACAUCUGCCGGGGGUAGACAACCUAUCUACCCAGCGAGAAGGGUACAAGAAUCCUCACAGUGGCCCCGGUGGCCGGGCCCACACUGCGGACAAGGCUUGAGUCACCAACCGUUACCGCUCAGCCAGCCGUGACGCACCCGCCAGCUGCGACCGCUCGACCAGUCGUGGCGCCACGGCUAGAUGAUCAGGCAUGUGUAAACGAAAACGCAUGGG